GUUGUCAGAAUUUGAUUUUUAAUCGUCAGGUUCACCCUUUUCAAAACAAACGUGGAAACGUGUUCGCCUGGUUAUUUUUUCAUCCAGGGAAAAAUUUAUUUACUUCGUUAAAAAUGGCCUUAAAAGCUUUGAAAUGUCGGUCAUCGAAGCGACAGAAAGCUUCUCUCAGGUACAAAGUUAUCAAGAAGAUUGCUGCCAGCAAGAGAAAGAAGGAAAAAGAAGCAAAAAAACUUCCCAAAUUAAGAUCUAAAAAGCAAAAAUUGAUCCAGGUACCGAACAUAUGCCCGUUCAAAAAAGAAAUUCUGGAGGAGGUUGCCGAGCAUAAGCAAUUUAAUGAGCAGGAGAAGGAACGGAAACGAGAGUUGCUGAAGCAGCAGAGACAGGAAGCUCUGAAGGGACAAACGAUUGAGUCGAUUGCUGCAGAUGCUGAUAAGCGCGGUAAAGAAUAUGAUCCAGACAAAGCGGAGGCGGCCGCCCUUAAAGAUCAGGAAGAGUACACAAAUGUUGGCAAAGGAAAGGAAGGCUCCUUGAGGGCAUAUUUCAAAGAGUUUAAAAAAGUAAUCGAUGCGGCUGAUGUAGUAUUGGAAGUAGUCGAUGCAAGAGACCCUCUUGGAACUAGGUGCGCUGAAGUCGCCCACAUUGUUCGGGAAGCUCCUGGACAGAAGCGAUUGGUACUGAUACUAAACAAAGCUGAUCUUGUUCCCAGAGAAAACUUGGAAAUAUGGCUCAAAUACCUCCGCAAAUCUGGGCCUGUGAUUCCCUUUAAGGCAACAACGCAGACCCAGAAGUACCGUAUAGGUAAUCGUAAGUUCAAGGCUGCCAAAACGUUGGAAUGUUCUCCGUGCAUCGGGGCAGAUUUAUUGAAAGAAUUGUUGGCAAACUACUGCCGCAGUGACGAUAUUCGUACCUCUAUACGAGUGGGAAUCGUUGGCCUCCCGAACGUAGGAAAAAGCUCACUGGUAAAUUCACUGAAACGUAAGAGGGCAUGCUUGGUGGGAGCCAAACCAGGAAUUACCAAACAAAUGCAGGAGGUUCAGAUAGAUUCACACGUGAAGCUGAUUGAUAGUCCGGGAAUUAUUUUCCAGCGACCGAAAGAAGAAGAUCACAAUCGCUUCUAUGCGUUGAAGAAUGCUCAAAAAGUGACGGAAAUUCAGGAUCCUUUUCCACUAGCAGCAGAUAUUUUAAAACGAGGAACCAUGAGCUACUUCUGCAAGCUAUACGAUAUUUCGGAGUUCCACUCGCCCGAUGAAUUUCUCGCCAAAAAGGCUAUCAAAAUGGGAGCGCUUGCUAAGAAAGGUAUUCCCGAUGUUAAGAAAGCAGCUCGCACGCUGAUCGAAGAUUGGAAUGCCGGCAAAAUUAAGUACUGCACGCAUCCACCAGAAGAUGGUAGCGAUAUUCACGUGAGUGCCCAGCUCGUUUCAACUGAUGUUCCGGAGUUUAAGCUGGACAGCUUCGAUCAAGUGCUGAAGGCCUUGGGCAACGAAUACGAGGAAAGUUUCAAGAUGAAGGACAAGGAUGGCGAUGAGGUGCAAAUCAUUUCAAAAGAUGAGAUUCUGACGAUGGAAAUCGACACUAAGGGACCGGUUAGUAUGCAACUUUCGAAAGAGGAUGAGAAGAGGAAGGCUCUUGACGAUCUCAUCAAGGGCGGAAGCGGAAAAAUUAUCGAGCAAGACGAUCAGAUGGCAAGCGGCAAGGGAAAGAAGCGAAAAGUGAACGACUAUGCCGAGGAGGAAAAAAAGUUCCGGAAGGAUCCCAUGUUUCAGUUGGAUGGAAAUAAAACGGUCAACAAAAACCGGAAGGCAGAGUUGAAAGCAAAGAAGAAAGCAAUCGCAAGGGGCGAGAAACGGGUGACGGAAGUAGCAGACGAUUUGAAGUCGCUUUCGUUCGGGGGGCAGCAGAAGAAAAAGAAGACGUCGGCUGACGAUUAUGACUUUGAUAAUGAUUAUCAAAUGUGAAGCUUGAACGUUUGAUUUGUUUGUAGGAAAACGGAAUUAAAUUUCUAUUGAGAUAA